AUGAAUUUCAGGAAACUGGGGCUCUUUUUCUUUAGAUUAUUUGUGAUCCUGAUUUUUCAAGGUUAUUUUUCUGCAUAUCAGAUUGGGGAGCCUCCUUGUCACUUAAAAAGAGAUUACAGUCUCACGUAUACAAGGGAAGGAGACAUCGUUAUAGGGGCCUUCUUGUCCUUAUAUGAGAAUGCUGAAGCACAGAUUGGCAAGAAGGCUUUCAUAUACCCUCCACUAUGGAAAGCUGUAGAAUCAGAUUACAUGCUCAAACAUUACCAACAUUUUCUCACUGUCCAAUUUACUGUGGAUGAGAUCAACAAGGACCCCCAUUUGCUGCCCAACAUAUCUCUGGGAUACCAGUUGCUCAAUAACUUCCAUCAAAGUCGAUUGGCUGUGGAGAACUCCUUGAUGUGGUUGUCAGGGAAGGGGCCAACGAUCCCUAACUAUAGCUGUGACAAGAAGCACAAAUCAAUGGUUGUCAUUGGAGGGAUGUCAUCUACACUGUCCAUGGCCAUGGCCACUUUGUUAGGACUCUAUAAAGUCCCACAGCUCAGCUAUGGCUCAUUUGAUCUUCUCCUGUCUGAUGAGGUUCUGUACCCAUAUGUCUAUCAACUGGGCAGCAAGGAAUCCACUCUGCACCUGGCAGCAGUUCAACUGAUGCUACAUUUUGGUUGGACUUGGGUGGGACUGAUUAUUUCAUAUGACCUAACAGGGGAACAAUUCUUCAGGCAUCUACAAGAGGAGAUGGCCUGGAAUGGUUUAUGUCUGGCUUUUACAGAACAAGUUUCUGAAAAAUUUAAACAAGGAGAUGAUCAUAUUAAAUUCUUGUCUAGGAUCCUUGGGCCCUCAUCCAAUGUGAUUUUCAUCUAUGGAAAUACAGACUCCCUUAAAUUUUUUUCUGAAUUAUUGAUGAUUUUUGCAUUGCAUGGGAAGCUGUUGGUCAUCAGUGCUUCCUGGGAUUAUUCUGCAUAUUCUACUGAUGAAAUGAUGAGCAAUUUUCAUGGUACAUUAAUAUUUUCACAAUUCAAGAGGGAGAUUCCUGCUUUCACAGAUUUCCUAAAAAGUGUGCAUCCCCAAGCCAACCCUGAGGACAUUUUCCUAAAAUCUUACUGGGAGAGAGUCUUUUCUUGUUUACUUUCAGAAAUAAAGAAUUUAAAUAUGACUUAUCGACAAUGCGAUGAAAGUUUUUCCUUUGCAGAGAUAUCUCCUCUUUUUUUUGACAAGACCAUAAUUGAACUGAGUUCUAAUAUCUACAAUGGAAUUUACUUAUUGGCUCAUACUCUUCACCAAAUGCUUCAGACUGAGGCAAAAGAUCUAUCAGAACUUCUAGCAUACCCACUUCUUUCUUGGAAGCUCCACCACUUCCUGAAGUGUGUUAAUCCUGUCAGUGGCAUCAAAGAUGAGUUAUGUGGGGAUGGACCCUCCACGACUGCUGAGACAUAUGAUAUCCUGAAUUUUAGAUCAUUCCCUGGUAAGAUUUGGACAGAGGUAAAAGUUGGAGAAGUGAUUCCUCAUGAAAAAGUGUUAAGCAUUAAUGAAGAGGACAUCGAUUGGCCAGAAGAUUUCCCUCAGAUUCCAAGUUCCACAUGCAGUGUGGCCUGCGGCCCAGGCUUUAGGAAGCAAUUCCGUGAAGGUCAGCCCAUCUGCUGCUUUGACUGUACCUCAUGCCCUGAUGGGAAGAUUUCCAAUAAAACAGAUGCAGAAGAGUGCAUGCAAUGCCCUGAAUAUCAGUACCCAAGCAAGGAGAAAGAUAGAUGCCUGCCCAGGACAGUAAAUUAUCUGGCUUAUGAAGAGACUCUGGGAAUGAUUCUGGCCUUUGCAGCUCUCUGCUUCUCCAUUCUCACUACCUUUGUCCUUAGAGUGUUUGUGAUGUACAGAGACACCCCCAUAGUAAAAGCCAAUAAUUGCAGUCUCAGCUACAUUCUGCUCAUCUCUCUCACUCUUUGCUUCCUUUCUUCCUUACUCUUCAUUGGUCGUCCUACACCAGCCAUCUGCAUCUUAAGACAAACCACAUUUGCCAUUGUGUUCACUGUGGCCAUUGCUUCCAUCUUGGCCAAAACCAUCACUGUGGUUCUGGCCUUUAGGGCCACUAAGCCAGGUAGCAAGCUCAGGAGGUGGCUGAGACCAGCAGUAUCUCAUUCCCUCAUUUUCAUUUGUACCCUUAUACAGAUGUGCCUCUGUGGCUUCUGGCUGGGGACAUAUCCCCCAUUCCUUGAGGAGGAUACACACUCUGAGGCCUCCUUCAUUGUUAUUCAGUGCAAUGAGGGCUCCCUUGUUACCUUCUACUGUGUCCUUGGCUACAUGGGCUUCCUGGCCUUGGUCAGCUUUACAUUGGCUUUCCUGGUAAGGAAUCUGCCAGACACUUUCAAUGAAGCCAAGUACCUGACAUUCAGCAUGCUGGUGUUUUGCAGUGUCUGGAUUUCCUUCUUGCCUGCCUAUCAAAGCACCAAAGGGAAGGCCAUGGUGGCCAUGGAGAUCUUUUCCAUCUUGGUCUCCAGUGCUGGGAUUCUCAUCUGUAUCUUUGUUCCCAAAUGCUAUGUGAUCCUUCUGAGGCCUGACAGAAACACCCUGGAGAUAUUAAAAAACAAAGCUAAUCCCUGAGGUUCAAUGUGUUCUCAAGCUCUUCCUUACAAAUCUUAAAGAUAUAGUUCUUGCUUCUUAAUGAAUGAUUUAAAAUACUCUAGAUUUUAUACCAUUUGUUUUCUGUUAUCAUCAUGUCUUUCCUUUGUACUAAAUUCAAAAAUUAUUUUGACGAAAGUCAUAUUGCUUGAUUUCUGAAGAGAGUUAGAAUUGUAAAAAAUAGACUACAAUACAGGACUUCAAUCCCCACAAGCCUUUGCUCCACUUCCCAAAAAUGCUUUGUAAUCUCAUGGGAAUUCUGAGGUGGGCCAAGAUCAAGGAAGGAUUUAAGAUGAUGGCAAAGGUUUUUGUGUGUCUUUUGGACUUCCGUUUUGGAGCAGACGCAUCUCUUCCGUGAUGUGAUUUGAGGUUAACUUGCCUAGGCCUUUGGCCUAGGCAUGUGUUUUUUCUUAUUCUGUAUUUUCUUUAAUCUUUAACCUUUAAUAAACCUCUAAAAAUAUAAUACUCCUUGCAGAGAGAAACUAAUUUCUACCUGCCUCAGUCUUUCCAUAUUCCUAAAUUUUAAUUGUUACAGAAUUAAAUUUCUAAGUAUAUAAAAUGGCAUCUAAAGAGCAGACUCUUAAUAUGUGGAUGAAGAUGAAAAUAAUAUUCUAAAAUUAAAUUACAUAUCUGUGUACAUGUGUGUGAAUUUGUGUGUGUGCCUGAUUUCUUAUACUUGGUUUAGUAUUUUUCACAUUUCUAACCCUGAAAAGUUUAUCUAGGAUACCAAGAUAUCUAAUUUGCAUUGUUAGAAUUAUUAUCUGUCCCCAAUUUGUAUAUAUGAAUCAUAUUAGUCAUUUUAUUUAUCAAUUAAUAUUUAAUAAAUUAAACAUAUAACAGAUAUCAUUUAUUGGGGAAGUAAUAAAGACCAGUUUAUUUGUUAAGGGAGACGAUUUAUCAAAAUAAUCGAACAUAAGGAGUUGCUGGGAGUCCUGAAGCCACGGAGCAUUGAAAAAGUCACUUGUGGUAGCUAAGGAGGCCACAGAGUGACCCUUGGCAGGAUGUGACUGCCCACAAUAUCCCCUUUGCACAAUCUCUCUCAUUAAUAUCCCUUACCUAUGGAAAUAACAUAAUUACUAUUCCCCCUAGUCUCAGAAGGAAUUAUGCAAGAGCAAAAUACCUGUAUCAUAAUUCUCUAAAACAUUACCAAAAAAUCAGACCCUCAAAUUCAACCCCAAAAAACUACUAUGGGUUAACUUUUACUUAGGUACAUAAUUCCCAGCAUAACCACAGCUACUUGCCAAGCCCAGAACUUUCCCUCUCAAUGAACUUAUUCUCAUGAAACCAGCAUUCAAAUCAAUCAUAAAGGCCCAUACAAAACAUACAGGUACACUUAGCUUCAAUAUGCCUCAGUGACUCAAUUUCAUAAACCAGUAACUCAGAUCCUCCUGAGUAAAUCCUGAAAAUUGACCAGUCUAAUAUUGUAUCUGCAUUGUGUUCCUAGUACCCCUCAAGCUCAAUGAUAUAAUUGUUGAAUUGUCUUUAAGAACUUCUGAUUAAUUAUUCCUUUUUAUUAAAAGUAAUAAGUAAUUUUCCUUGAUUGUUUUUGUAAGCUCAAAACUUCUCACAGGGUAAUGAGAAAAUUAAGCCACCGGUGACAAAAUCAUUUAUCUUGCAUGAAAACUUUAUUCUGUCAAGAAUCUGUAAUCACAAUGGAAGAAUAUAGAAUGUUAAUCAAGUGAUUAUAUCACUUAUCCAAAUAUCUCUAUCUGGACAUGUGUGCCAAGAAAAUGAGUAUAAAAAGAAACACCAAGCCUGGGGAUGGCAGAACAGCUAUCAGAUGCAAAGCAUGCCCAUGGCCAUAAAUAUACAGCUGUCUUCCAUUUGUUAUUUUCUUGACUGAUCUUUCAUCACCUGUAGGGAGCCCUGGGAGUCUCAAAUGAGGAUGGACCUUGUCUGUGACAAGAUGUUAUUAUACCUCCCAUUCAUUUCUAAAAAUUUUCCAUUGUAGAAUUAUGGUCUGUUGUGGACAAUCCUUUGUCAGAGAUUCAUUGUUCUCUUCUCUCUCUUCCCUGAAUGACAUCUUGAAUAUAUUGGCUGUUUUUUAUUACACUCUGGUGUUCUUGAUUUCAAGUUCAAAUUACCCUACUUCGCACCACCUAGGUAAAUGUUGGGUAACUUUGGAAGCCAGCAGAGUCAUUUAUUUUAUCCUAGAGGUAAUAGAUAAACAUUAGAUAUUCUAAAUAGAAAGAUGUCAUGGUCAGAAGCAGUAUGUUUUAUUGAUGUGGGAAGAGUGUGAAAAUGCAAACCUCAUUCCCCAAAAGGAAGUCUCUACAGAAUCCCUGCAAGGUGUCAUCUAGCCUGUACAUGAAGUUUUCCAAAAGAGAUACCAAUAUCUCUCAAAUUCACUCACUUGAAUGAUAGAUAUCUCCAAUUGAGAGAAAGAUUUCUUCUUCAUAAGCCUUAAUUUGUUGAUGACUGCCAAUGAUUUUUCUGUAUUUUCUUUAAAUUCAAUAGGUCAAUACUCCUUUUAAGUCAAAGCACUGCAAUUUCACAGAACUUCUCUAUGCCUAGGGAGAUUUCCCUUCUUCCUAAUGAACUCUCACAGUUUCACAAUCCUCAUCCUGAUAUGCCAGGUAUAAAAUAAUUCCUAUUUCGUUCUUCUAAUGCUCCCACUAUUCAGAGUACUUCUUCAUAUGCAAUAUCCAGAAUGUAAUACAACAUUCUAGGUGUUAUGAGACUAAUUCUCUUACUAAGAAGCAAUAAUAAUCAGGUUAAUAGAAGUAGUAGUACUAAUAGUAAAAUUAAUAGUAGUAAUAGCAGCAGCAAUAGUAGUAGUAUUAGUAGGAGGAGGAGGAGGAGUGAUAAUGGUAGUAGUAAAAAUUCAGCUAGUUCUUUAUAGUUUACUCAGUAUUGAUAAAUAAUUCCCCAUUUGAUCCUCAUCACAUUGGGAUGCUGUUACUAUUAUUUUUUCAAUGCUAUAGAUUAGAAAAGUGAGACCAUCAGAGAUUAGGGGUCUUGUGAAGGAUCAAACAGCUAAUAAUUGUCUGAUAUCAGAUCUGAAUUUACAUCUUCCUGACUUUGAGUACAUCGAUAUCUCCCCUGUGUAAACUAGAUUCUUUAAAACUGGCAGUAAUUUUUCAUUUUGUGUUGCAUUAUCAAAAUCUUGAACCUUUUUGAACACAAAUCCUCAUAAUUUUUAAGCAAAUUUCACUGAAACAUGAAGCCUUUGUGGUAUUUUGUUGUCUAAUAUAAAAUUACAUUAAUUACUAUGAAAUUCCUUCUUCAUUCAGCCUAAUUCUUUAGCCUGUCAAAAACCUUUUGCAUUAAAACUCAAUCUAUGUGUUAUCUCUCCCUCUCAGUUUUUUAUCAUAUACAAAUUUGAAAAGUCUACCAUCAUUUUCUAUAUACUGCCAUUGACCAAGAAUUUACAUAAGUCAUUUCAUCUGGAGACAUAUGAUUAUGGAAACUCUAUCAGGGGCUACUUUUUAUAGAUAAAAAAUGAAGUGUAUCAAGAUAUUAACUUUAAGAAUGAGUUUUAAAACAACUGCUUUUCAUUAUACUUUACUCCCAGCAAAAAUUAAGAGACUUCUGAAAUAUAGAGUUCAUCACAAUGAGUAUAAUUGGGUUUGGACAGAGGCUUUUCCCACCAGGCUCAAGAAAAAUAGGCUCCUCAAGGACCAAAGGAAUGUGAGAGGCAAUGUAAAAAAAAUAGAUUCGAAAUUUUCUAAAGACCCACAGAAUGGCAUAUAAUGUGUGUGUGAGAGUGCAAAUGUAACUGUUACAAUGUUCAUUGGUGUAGGCCUUCCUCAUCCUCAUUUCUACAGAUGAACCCUGUGCAUUUCAGAGGGAAGGGCCAGUGCUGGGGAGAGCUUAGGAGAGGGGAGAGCUCUAGCCUGUAGACUUUUUGGCUUUAGCAGUCAUCUUGGACACUUGUGAAUGCCCAAUUUGAGAAAGGAGAUGGGUAAUGCCAACUCUACUUCAAGCAACUGAAAGGAGAACAAGUUUAUGGGAAGAAGCCAGCCUAAAAGGAGCUCACAGUCUAUCACAUCUGUAUAUCCAACUUGCUACCCUAUAAACUAGAAGCUGAGAUCUAAGAACUCUCUCGGCUGAUCUGAAUUACCUUCAUUCUGUAUUGUCCAGUACACAUUCUCCUGUGUAUGCCUUCUGAUUUUUUGUGUUAUUCUCAAUGUGGAUUAAUGCGAUUCUUUUCUACUUCCAAAGUCCAUUCAUUGUGGAAUCUCUACCUAGAAUGUAAGGAAUCAAGCUAGAGAUGCUCUUUCUCCUUAUUGAACAGUGAAAAGCAUGUCAGUUUGAACCCAAAAACCAUAUAUUCUAGUGUAUUCUGAGAGAUGAGUCCAGAGAUUACUUUUCAGCAAGUAGGAAGGUUUUCAUAGACUGAUUUUCACAAACUACUUUAUGAAGAAAAAUUAGCUCAGAUAGAGAUCCAUAUAAGUUGCUUCAAUCAAUUUCUGACCAACGAGGGAAAAAUCAAGAAAUCAUGUUCAGUCUGAGGAAAAGGCAAGCUUUCUAGGCUGAGUUUCAAUGUUUUCAUGUUCAUAUAUUCCUAAGAGUAAAAUAUUGAUGAUCAGUCAAUGAGGACUCACUAAAAUUUUAUGUUAUAAUUUACCAAUAUAGUAAUACAUUAUAAAUAUAGAAAGUAGAAAAUAAAGGCAAUAAAAUAAAGAUGAAUAUUAUUUAUUUUACUUAGUAUGCUUUUUUGAUCUCAUGGAAUUUUUAUAUACAUUUUUACAUACAUUUUACAUACUGUAAAUUUUAGGUGCUAUAAACUGACCUAGAGAAUAUCUACUGCUAUAUACAUAGGAGGUUUCAAUUUUCAUUAGUUUAUUCGGCAAUGUGUGUGCGGAAUUGCAAGAAUGAAUCAAAGAGAACUCACAGUACUGUAUGUUGGAUGGAAUGUUCCAAUCAUGAAGUCUUCAGCUCCAUUUGAGAAUCUGAGUCCUUGAAAAUUCAUCUGCUCUUUAUCAACAUCCAAAUUUGCACUUGAGGCCCUGAAUUCCAAAAGAAAACACAAGUAUAAGAAAUUCAUCUGCUAAGAAAUAAUUGUUAGGAAACACAGAAGAAAAACAUAUGGUUGAUUAUGUGCUUUGAUGGAGAUGUGAUUGGUGUUUUGAUGUCAAAAGAUCACUCU